AUGUCGAUCCGCAAGGGCAGCAUCUCGGCGCCCAGCUCGCCCAAGCAGCUCACCUCUGCCAGCUCGAUGCCCGAACUGUCAUUCGCAGGGCUCGCCCCUCUCCCUCCUCCCUCUGCUGCCGGGCGCUUCGGCCAGCGUAAUGCUGCCUCGCUGAGCGGCCAUGGAGCAUUCUCACCACACCACGACCCGCAUCCACAGCAGCAGCACCAAGCGACGUUCGCCAAGCCCGCUCUCGCUGCUCUGCGCAUACCUCGGCGCUCAAGGCUCUCCGAGUCUGCGCUGCCCACGCUGCACGAGCCCGGCGCACUCUCCGCGCUGCACAUGCCCACGGGCGUUGGCGCAGCGCCAGCAACGCCAAGCAAGUCGCCUCGCUUUCGCUUCUCGCUCCGUACACUCUCGCAGCGCGUCGCACGCCGGCAGAGCGGGCUACCGCAGCUUGACAUGCUCAACGCUGCGCAGAACGGCAGCAGCAUGCCUAGCUCGCCACUCUUCAGCCCGCCAGUCUCGCCCUCGCCUCGGCGUGCCACGUUCCGCAAGGGCACGCUUCGCAUCUCGCGCGAACAGCAGCGCAGCAGCACGGCGCCUCUUGCGCUGCCGCUCUCGGAGCGUUCCUCGAGCGAUGUCUUCUCGCAGAGCAACUGCUCUACGCCUCGCGUCUCGGAAGCGACGCACGCCACGCACGCCUCUUCCUUCCUCGACAUGGGCGUCGGCAAGGGCGAGCUUUUGUGGGCGGAAGAGAACGCAGAAGCGCAGUACUGUCGCAGUGCGUACGGCGCUUCGAGCUCCAGACCGUCGACUGCCUCUUCGACUUCACGCACCAAGCGUCUGCUCAACAAGUGGCUGCCACGCACGAGCUCUGAUCGCUCUGCAGAGGACUUUGCCGCGCAGACGCUCCCUGCGCUGCCGGGCAGCUCGAGGCCGAGUCUGCCAUGGACUGCGCAGACGGCACAGCAGAUGAGUAGCCUCUUCGGCGGCAGCGGUGGUAAGGCACGCUCGGCGUCGGUGGAGCGUAGCACGCAAGAGCAUGCUUCGCCGAUUCCUCGCGGAAGGACCGUCGAUUCGCAGGACGUCUUCUGGCGCACCGGCCCACGGCAGUCGAGCGGCUCUCGCGGCCGAGCAUCAGCCUCGCAGCUCCUGACGGACGCUGCUGCUCUGGAGAGUCGCACCGCCUCCUCAUCGCCAACGCAGCCACGCAUCUCCCUCUCGAUCUCGCGCUCGCUCCGCCGCCGCAAGCCCAAGCGCAUGCCUAGUUCCGAGAGCUCCUCGGAGUCUUCCUCGUCCCGCGCUUUCGGCAACGUGGUCCGCCGUUCGCCCUUCGAGCUGCGCAUGCCAUUGCCUCGAACACCAGCUGCUUCACUACCGCCGCUGCCGUCGCUGCCCACCAGUCCGUCUGCGUCUGCAGUUCCUUCGCCCGCGAGACCUGUUGCGCCAUUCAUCGAGACGACACGUCCCGCGAUCCAUCCUUGGUCCACAGCCAGCCGCACGUCGUGCGCGAGUCCAGCGCAGACAAGCACGAGCAUCUCGAUGCUCAGCUGCGCGCCAUCCUCGUCCAGCUCAGUCGACAGCGACAGCAUUGACGCCGUGCCUCUGCGCAUGCUCAGUCCAACGCCGGACUUCUCAGCCGGUCAACCACUCCUCCUCUCGCCACUCUCGCUUUCUGCCUCGCGCGUCUCAUUACUUCAGCCGCGACGUUCAGGCGAGUACGACUCGCCGCCUUCAUCUCCGCGCGAGGCGACGUUACGAGCAUCAAGCGAGCUACAACGCGCAGCCAGUGUCGGCACGUCAUCCUUCGCCUCUGCUCCGUACGGCAUCGACUGCGCCUCGACACGUUCUUCAGCUGCGCUAGAUCCGUUCGCAUACGCCACGUACGCCUCCAGCUGCGCCGCUGCAGACGGAGCUGUGGGAGAGCAGGAACGCAAGGAGAUGUUGAUGAGCACGCUGCCGGCGGCAGAGAGCUCGGAUGAGGAGGAACUGGGAUCGCUGGCGGACUUCAGGACGCAGCACACGUGGCAUAGCGCUAGAGAGGUACAGGGCUCGCGAUGA